AUGCCGGUCGAGUUUAUCAGUCUCGUUUUCCCCAACCAAACCAACGAGCUCAAUCCGGGCUUGGGCUCGUCCAUCGACCCGGACUUCCUGACGCGAUAUGCUCGGACACUGGAUGACUAUGGCUUUCAAUACACCCUCCUACCUUAUGACUCCGGAGGCUUCGAUCCUUGGACCCAAGGGGCUACAGUUGCCGCCGUGACCAAAAACCUCAAGGUCAUCAUCGCUCUGCGACCAAACACAGUCUAUCCUACUGUCGCUGCGAGGGCGCUUGCGACGCUAGACCAGCUAAGCCGUGGCCGUGCCGUGGUACACUUCAUCGCUGGUGGCACUGAUGAGGAGCAAGCACGCGAGGGCGAUUUUUUGACUAAGAAUGAGCGGUACAGCCGUCUUGAGGAGUAUAUUCGCAUUCUCCGCCGCGCCUGGUCCUCCGCCGCGCCAUUUGACUGGGAUGGUAAGUACUAUCAGUUCAAGGGCUACGCCAAUCGCGUACGACCGGUCAACGGCACCAUUCCCGUCUCCGUCGGCGGCUCGUCCCCGGAGGCGUAUCGUGUAGGCGGCUCGCUUGCUGAUAUCUUCGGUCUCUGGGGCGAGCCGCUCAAAGAGACGAAGGAGCAAAUCGACCGUAUUUACGCCGAGGCGGAGAAGGCCGGCCGUAAAGACCGGCCUAGAAUCUGGGUCACCUUCCGGCCUAUUGUAGCCGAGACAGAAGAGCUGGCCUGGGCGAAGGCGCACAGGAUUUUGGAACAACUGAACCGCAACUCGGAGGCGUUCAAGAAAGCUUUGCCUAACUUUGCUGGUCGCGAUGGAAAGCCUCAGAAUACCGGCUCCCAGCGGCUUCUAGAGAUCGCCAAACGGGGUGAUGUCCAAGAUCGUGCCUUGUGGUAUCCCACUGUCACCGCCACCAAUGCCCGCGGCGCCUCCACUGCCCUUGUCGGUUCGCCUCAGACGCUGGCAGACUCCAUUCUUGACUAUGUCGACCUCGGAGCCGAGCUCAUCUCGAUCCGUGGAUACGACAACUACAACGAUGUAGUUGAUUACGGACGGUAUAUCCUUCCUCUUGUACGAGAGGGACUGAAGGCGCGUGAGAACGGAUCAAGGCAAUUUGACGCUGCUAGUACCACAGCACCGGCACAAGAAGUUCCUGCUGAUGGCUCGUAA